AUGUCAGUCGACCUCGAAGACACUGGGACAUUUACUCUACGCCUCGAACACGAUCCGCAUGAGAAAGACGCUGCCAAAGACGACGGCGACCAGGAAGCCCUCGCACCGUUUGACAGUCCGUUCGAUCUCCCAGUAUGGCGCAAAUGGGUCAUAACCACUCUUCUGGCGUUGAUGACCACGGCCGUCACGUUUGCCAGCUCGGUGUGGUCUUCAGCUAUCGCCGUCACGUCCAAGGAGUUCCACGUCAGUGAAACGGUGUCACUCUUGGGGGUGUCGCUUUAUGUCUUGGGAUUUGCCGUGGGUCCUAUUGUUUGGGGUAUGUUCUUCUCUCCGUGUCCAUUGAGACUCCUGUCAUCUAUGUCUCUUUCGAGUUGUGCUGACCUGAGGGUGGUGGUAUUUGAAGGACCCUUGUCAGAAUUCAAAGGACGUCGGUUACCACUCUUCUCGGCCUUCUUCGUGUGGACACUCCUCCAAAUCCCGGUCGGAGUGGUCAACAACCUCCCUGCACUGCUGGUAUGUCGCUUGUUAGCCGGCUGCUUCGGAGCCUCGCCACAGGUCCUGGUUGGUGCAACCUACGCGGACUUUUGGGAACCCGCGGAGCGUGGUGUCGCAACCGCAGUCUACUCAGUGGCUGUCUACGUAGGUCCUACUCUAGGGCCCAUAUUUGGCGCCCUUCUCACCGAAAGCAGUCUUGGUUGGCACUGGACAGGCUGGGUUUCUCUCAUUCUCGGCGUCGCCGUGGGAAUCCCUGCAUUCCUCUUCGUCCCUGAGACAUACGGGCCAACCCUCCAAGAACGAGCAAACAAGAAACUCAGACUGGCACAAGACUCGUCAGCACUGAGUAGACAGAUCAGCAAGCCAGCUCCAGCCUUUUCCGAGUUCGUCCGAAAGUACAUGUUCAAGCCGGCAAUCAUGUUCUGCGUCGAGCCGAUGCUCAUGGUCAUGGCGUUGUACAUUGCCAUCGUCUAUGGGAUCCUCUAUCUGACCUUUUUCGCCUUUCCAUACAGCUUCGUCCAGGGUCGAGGUUGGGAUCCUCGUACCGGGUCCCUCCCGUUUUUGAGCAUUCUGACGAGUGUAGUGGUAUCCUCACUUGGGGUGGCGGUGUAUUCGAAACGAUACUAUCGUCCCAGGCUGCUGGCUCGUGGCUCGGUCCUGCCUGAGGACCGCUUACCGUUGGUCAUGCUCGGUAGCCUGAUUCUCCCAGUCGGCCUUUUCUUCUUCGCCUGGACUUCGUCACGCCACAUCUCCCCCGUGCCACAAAUCAUCGCAGGGUUUUUCAUUGGGAGUGGCAUCAUGCUCAUUUUCACCAAUGCCGUGGCAUUUCUCGUGGACAUCUACCUCCAGUCUGCCGCCAGUGCGAUGGCGGCAAGCACGAUCGUGAGGAGCCUGGUGGCCGCCGGCUUCCCUUUGGCGGCACCACGCAUGUAUAAAUCUUUGGGUACGCCAUGGGCGACGAGCGUCCUCGGCUUUCUGUGCGUGCUGGCGAUCCCGGCUCCAUUCCUCUUCUACAGAUACGGGCGGAAGCUGCGGCAGAUGUCACGGUUUGCUCCAAUGCCAGAAUAG